GCGGCAAUAUCAUUGGACGGCAUCAAAACCAUUGGAGUUCGCUGCAUGCCAAAAGAAGGUGUUGCCACCAAUAAAGCACCGGUCUCCUCAUCCGGGCUACACUUGACUCUACCGACACCUCCAAGAUGCGUGAAGCGAAGGCGUUUCAAGCACGAAGGAGUUGUGACCAGAGCCCACCUUUACGACAUCAAACAGAUCCGACUUCUAACGAAGCCAGCUCGUGAUUUUGAUAAUUUACCUAUACUUCGCUACUGCGGGCUAUGGAUCCUCCAUGGCGACGGAUCGGUCGAUACAAUCGGCUGUUGGGAUGGCGCCUUGACCAAGAGCGCCAAAGUCAUCUACGACGAGACACAGGGCCGACUGACUCGCAUCAUUUUCCGGGUCAAAGACGGAAGAUAUCCGGAAAACCCGACUGAUUUAGUUCCUUUCAUCUUCAACAUCACGAUCAGAAUAACACCGCAUGACAGCAGCGAGCAAGAUCGUGAAGAGGAGCCCUCUCACUACGAUGAGAUUGGCAACUAUAUCACCUAUUGUAAGACUGGGUGGAAGAAAUAUGUUGUUUGGACUUAUUCUCCAAAUUCUGAUAACGUCCAGCACGCUUCCUCCGAGACUAAAAACUUCAGUAUACCACCGCAUAAUGAAUGUAAUUUAGUGCAGAUAGAGAAUUAGUGAAUAAAUUGAGAUUGGGGAUC